AUGGAUGCCAGUCAAGUUGCAUUUGCUGCAGCCCUGUGUCCGCGAAUUAAACAUCAAUAUGUAGUCGAUGUAGUUUUUGUCUGUGGUAAGACUCGCAUAGUGGCUCAGAAACUCCUAUCCAUGUCAAGGCUGGAACUGCAGGCUGCAGUCUUGGCUACUCGAUUAUCAACGCUGGAGGUGGACAGACAUGAAAUAAACAUAAGCCGUAUAGUAUUUUGGACUGAUUCUAACACAGUUCUUUGUUGGGUACAUUCAAGACAUCGCCGAUUCAAACCAUUUGUUGGGCAUCGUAUAGCUAAAAUAUUGACGAAAGAAACGAAAGAAGACCAAUGGAGAUGGUUGCCAACAAAGAUGAACCCUUCUGACGCUGCAACAGGAGCUAAAGAGGUGCCUAAAAUAAAUACUGACAACAUUUGGUUAAAAGGGCCAACUCGCGUACAGACCAAGAAUGGUUUUCUAACUCGUCCAGCCACCAAGCUAGCCGCUUGUCAGAUUAGUGAACCUUGCGAAGAUUCACGGAAGGGCGGAAUGUAA